CCGAAACUCGGCAAUGGUCCCAUCUCGCACUUUAUCACUUUCCCUUCGUGCGAUGCAACAUAAUGUGGAGUGCGUUUUGGGUUGUAUUUCACAGCGACCUUCCCGAGCGAAUAAAAGGGCACCCCGAACUCCUUGAAGAUCGCAACUUGCUCCCGCUCGAUCGCGAUCACCUUCAACAUGAGUCUUGCUGUAACUGCCGGGUUCCCCUUCACCCUAACUUCUCUGUCGAAGUCUCCGACAACAUUAAUCACAAAACCUCGUACCUGGUUUAGCGCUGCUGCCCGAUCGUCGAUUUUGGCGUUUUUGGAACAAGCAAUCGCCGUUGGAUACCUCGAAAUAGAGGACGCCCAAGGCAUACACCAAUUCGGUCAAUAUACGGACCAAUGCAAUGUCGUUCAUAUUCGCGUUAUCAACGACAAUUUCUGGAGCGCCCUCUUUCUAUCCGGUGAUCUAGGAUUCAGUGAAGCCUUCAUGAUAGGCGACAUACGGGUGGAUAAUCUCAAGGGAGUGUUUGAUCUCUGGCUUGACAAUCCUAGGAUGGGCGGGAUGUCCUCGUUAUUCAAUCGCCUAUCAGCCAGAAUCUCGGGCAUAUCAAAUGCUCUAUUUGGCCAAUCUGUCACGCGCGCCAGAUUGAAUGCUAUGGCGAGCUACGAUCAAUCGAACGAACUAUUCAAGACAUUCCUCAGUCGAGAGAUGAUGUACUCAACCGCUCUAUGGGGAGAGGAGGAGGGCGGCGUUCGCGGAGACAUUAUCUCCGGUCCUACGCCGGACGAUUUGGAGCGGGCACAGUUGCGCAAGCUGCGGCAUGUCCUGAAAGCUGCUCGUAUCAAACCAGGUUAUCGUAUCUUAGAGUUCGGCUCUGGAUGGGGAGGCUUCGCUAUCGAAGCUGCUCGGUCCUAUGGUGCUCAAGUUGACACUCUUACCUUGUCCAUCGAACAGAAGAAACUCGCCGAGGAACGCAUCAAGGAGGCAGGUUUAGAUGGACACAUCCGUGUGCAUCUCAUGGACUACAGACAACUGCCUCCGGAAUUCGAGAAGGCGUUUGAUGCCUUCGUUAGCAUCGAAAUGCUUGAGCAUGUCGGCACAAAGUAUUAUGAAACGUACUUCAAGAUGGUUGACUGGGCACUCAAAGAUGACGGUUCGACCGCCGUUGUGACUUCGUCAACCUUCCCGGAGUGCCGCUUCUCCGCAUAUCAACCGGACGACUUUAUGCGCCGUUACAUGUGGCCCAACAGCAAUCUACCGAGUGCAACGGCCCUUGUCAAUGCUGCACAUUCCGCUUCGGAAGGUCGCUUCCUUCUCGAGGGUAUAGAAAAUCAUGCUGCGCACUACCCGCGGACGCUCAGAACAUGGGGACGACGGGCAGCGAAGAAUCUCACGCCUGCAGCCCUCGGUCUUUCACCGACGACAUCAAAGCAAUACAUCGCGUCGUUGCCGAGGACGCAGGCACAUUAUGAAAACAAGUACGACUUCGACGCACUAAAGCGGAAGUGGGAAUACCUCUUCUCAUACGCGGCUGCCGGAUUUGCCAAAGGAUAUAUCACAUGCCACAUGCUGACCUUCACGAAAAACGUUCAUCCCGUCGCUUGCGAUUGAGUCGCUUGUGCAUACAUGCAUGACUACCUUUUAUAAUUGUAUCAUUUCCUGUAGUUCAAACUACGAUCAAG